GGAAAUUAUUUUCAUAUCUAUCUUAGCCUUCCACACAGUCGAACUGUUAUAUAAUACGUAUCAAAAAUCAUCAAAAUUUUCAACACUGCAAGUCGAAUUCCAUUAUGUCCGGAAUUGGCAUCAAUGGCUUUGGCCGAAUCGGUCGAAUGUUUGCCCGCCAGGCUCUAGUUCGGAAAGAUGUCAAGAUCGUGGCAAUCAACGAUCCCUCGCUGGAUCCCAAGUAUCUGGCCUACAUGCUGCGAUACGACUCCACUCAUGGACAGUUCAAUCAGAAGAUCUCUGUCGACGGGAACAAUCUCGUUGUAAAUGGCAAGAAGAUCAAGCUGCUCAAGGAGUCGGACGUCAAGAAGGUGAAAUGGUGCGACCUCGGCGUGCAUACGGUGGUGGAGUGCUCCGGCAGGUUUACCACCCUAAAAGCCUGUCAAGGUCACCUGGAUAGUGGGGCCAAAAAGGUGGUCAUAUCGGCACCAUCUGCCGAUGCUCCGAUGUUUGUGUGCGGCGUGAAUCUUGAUACAUACAAGCCGGGCACACCAAUCAUCUCGAAUGCCUCGUGCACAACCAAUUGCCUGGCGCCUCUGGCCAAGGUGGUGAACGAUAACUUUCAAAUAUGUGAGGGCCUUAUGACCACCGUUCAUGCGGCUACAGCUACCCAAAAGAUCAUCGACGGACCCAGCAGCAAACUCUGGCGGGAUGGACGCAGUGGCAUGACCAACAUCAUACCCGCAGCCACAGGAGCCGCUAAAGCAGUCGGCAAGGUGAUUCCGGACCUGAACGGGAAGCUCACGGGUAUGGCUUUCCGUGUACCAGUUCCCAAUGUCUCGGUGGUGGACCUCACCUGUAGGCUUUCUAAGCCCGCCAAAAUGGAUGAUAUCAAAAAGUGCAUCAAGGAUGCAUCCGAAUGCGAAAUGAAGGGAAUCCUGGGGUAUGUCGAGGAGGAGGUGGUGUCCACCGAUUUUAACGGCUCACGAUUUGCAUCCGUCUUUGAUGCCAAGGCCUGUAUUGCCCUAAGCGAUACCUUCGUCAAGUUGAUCAGUUGGUACGAUAACGAGACCGGAUAUUCGUGCCGUCUCCUUGACCUGGUUCUCUAUGCCCAAUUGGUCGACCAAUGCGAUGCGAAGGAAAAGGGUGGUUGCAAGUAGGAAGAUCCCUGUAAGAAAAAGGAUGAUCCCUGCAAGAAAUAGGAAGAUCCUUGCAAGAACAAGAAAUAGAAAAAAAAAAAAAAAAAAUUUUUACCAAAUCUAGACUUAUUUAAAUUAGAUUUAUAUUUAGAAAUCUUUAUUUACUUAAAAAUUAUUGAAAUGUAAUCCAUUUUACCAUAGUUUUUAGACGCAAAUUUCAUAUUUUGCAAUUCUUGUGGGCUAAACAAUAGGUAGCAUAGCAAUUGGCAUUUAUUCGCCAUUUUUCCAACAUAUAAAUAAAGAACAAAAAAAUGUA